CACACUCACACGCCACUGUAUGUGGUGGGCGGGGAGCACAGGUGUGUUUUCAGGGCCGAUACAGACCUAUAAAAAGCGAGGACAAAAUUUCCUGCCAUCAUUUCCUCUGCCAGCAUGGAUCUCAAAGUCGUGAUCGUGAUUGUCUGUCUGUGUGCGUUGGCCAUCACCUCCACUGAAGCUGGCAUCCCAAAAUGCUGUCUCACAACAAAAAAUUACAUUCCAAAUCGGAUCCUGAGGAGGGUUCAUAGAUGGGAAAUGCAGCACAGCAACGGUGCCUGUGACAUCUCCGCACUGAUAAUGUAUGUAAAGGACAUGAGAAGGCCUAUAUGUGCUCAUCCCAAGUUCAAGAAAAUUGUGACGAUGCUCCUUCAGCUGAGGAAGAAACGGAGAUCAGCUAACUGA